CACAAGAAUCCGAAAGACGAAGAUCGAAUCCCCCACCUCUCUUCUGAUGAGGAGAAUUCUUUAUUCCAAAGUUUAAAAAAACAAGAAAAGGAACAAGAUUGCAGUGCACAAAUGCGCUCCUGUUUUCUCUCGAUCAUCGCCAUGGACAUGUAUAUAAUGCGGUACGACCGUUUUCGCCACUGUUGAGGAAGCAAGCAGCAGCCUUUUCGGCUCUCCAUUUUGAAUUUCAAAUUUUAAAUCUUUCCACUUCGGAGUCGACGAGGACGAGACACGACCGCACAAUCCCGCCAGGGGAACUGCCGAGCGAAGGAAAGAUUCCUGGGUUUCGUGGGUUCGCUUGGUUUGCGGAGGUUGCUGCGAAGCCCAUGGGAGAGUCCACUUGUUUCAUGCAACCCUUCUCUUAUGCUUCGGGCCUUCCCGGGGAACAAAGCAAGGGGAACCCCAUUCAUGCCCUAGGGCAAUCGGUUUCGUUUGGGAGGUUUGUGACAGAUUCGGUCUCGUGGGACAAGUGGUCGGUUUUCCCUCACAACCGCUAUGUCGAAGAGGCCGAGAAAUUCUCUCGGCCCGGAUCAGUUGCGCAGAAGAAAGCCUUCUUCGAAGCUCACUACAAGGAAAUCGCUGCCCGAAAAGCCGCAGCCUUGCUUGAGCAGCAAGCAAAUGCUGCCUCGGCAGACGCUGCAAAGCCGAGCUGCAAAGUCGAAUUGCGUAAUCCCACUUGCUAUGAGUUCCCUGAAGAUGUUUCCAGUUCUCAGACUAUUCUAGGCGAAUCACAAGAGGUCCAGGAAGAUAAUAAUGAGGUUGGAUCGGCUAUCGAGGGCAAUGAAAUUAGCUGGAAUGUCGAAGUCAAAGAAACUGUUGAGGAAAUUAAAGAAGUUGAUAGCAUCAAGGAGGAUGAUGGGGCUGAUCUGGUGACUGAAGCACGGGUUCAUGCUAAUGAUUAUGUAGCGGAGGAACCAUUGGGGCGGUUAGAGGAGGUUGAUAACGGCGACGAAUUUGAGCAAAGUGGGACACCCGAAAUGGAGAAACCUCUUUUGAAGGAUGAUGGGGCUGAUCUGGUAACUGAACCACAGGUUCAUACUAAUGAUUAUGUAGCGGAGGAUGUUGAUAACAGCGAAGAAGUCAUUGAAGAUGAGCAAAGUGGGACACCCGAAAUGGAGAAACCUCUUUUGAAGCAGAAUUCGGCUGAUCAAGGUGUUCUAGUUUCCACGAUCAAGAAGAAAUCAGCAGGCUUCUUGUUAAAGUCGGUGGGGUGCCUGCAAGCAUCUAGCAAUCCGUCGUCACCGGUGAAAUCCACAACAGCAGCACUUAGCUGGAAAGAGAGGUGUGCUACUCCAACCACCACAAAGCCUAAACAAGAUUUUACGAACAGAACAAGAACGACCCCGAAGCAGCUUCUUCCCGUCAAUUUGACGCCAGUUCGAGAGCUGAAAAGGACAACUCCUAUCUUCACUGGGAAGACCGGAAGUUCGAAAAUAGGCGUCAAUUCCUGUAAGCCGCCAAGUAAAGAAUGCCAAACUCCCCUGAAGACUCCUACCAUGGUGCAGGUACAUGCAUAUAGGACACCGAAGCAUUCCUUGGUCACCCCUCAGUCAGCUAACAGAAGAACGCCAUGUGAUGGCUCAGCUGUUGAACGCUUGAAUACUGGCCCUAAGAGGCGUUCUAUUGCGCGAGAUUGUUCAAAGUUCUUGAGCGCCUGCAAGAACAAAUUACAGUCACCCAGCUUAUCUACACCCUUUAGAUUGAGGACCGAGGAAAGGGCUGCCAGGAGAAAAGAGAAGCUAGAGGAGAAAUUCAAUGCUGACGAAAAGGAGAAAGUCCAGCUACAAAAAAAAGUAAAGGAGAAAGCAGAAUCAGAAAUGAGGAAAUUUCGUCAAAGCUUUUGCUUCAAAGCCAGGCCGCUUCCCGAUUUCUAUAAAGAAAAAACGAUGCCGCCGGCGGAUGGUCAUAUGAAAAAGCCAACAGCGGCUUGUCCUCAAACACCAAAGACGGGAAAAAAGCCAAUGACAACCACGACAGUACAGAGCACAUCCUUCCUACCACGACAAAGGCCUUUAUUCAACAACAACAACGUUACCAAGCAGGUUCAAGGAAAAAAUGAUCGGAUAUUAUUUCCUCAAGCAUCGCUAUCUGCACUACUAGCUCACGAGAACAGAUCGCCGAACAUUCAACUAGGAUAAGAGGAACUUUAUGGUACUGUAUUGAUCUUGAGAGAGCUUUUGUUGUCUGGUUGCGAAUCCGAGCAACUUCUGCCACUGUAUUUUGUCAGAAUCGAGCUUUAUAAUUGCAUUGCCAGAGAAGUAGAUAAACUUUAAUCUGAAA